AAGUGGGCGUGGCAUCACGCAGAGCAUGCAUGGCUGACAAAGUGACGACGGCAGAGGCGAGAAAGGGGGAAGAGGAGGAGGGCGGGAGAGAGGAGGGGGAAGGGGAGGAUGGUGCCUGUAGUGACCAGGAGCUUGAAGACUUGCUCAAUUUCUCCCUGGGAGAAUUUGGUAAACACCUACCAGCCACUGCCACAGACGCUCCGGAAUCUCAGUCUACGCAUCCACCGCCAUCUGACAGUGGGUGUGGCAGUGGGCGGAGCCAGGGAGAAAGUGAAGAGAAGAGUGGUAGUAGUGAAGCUCCGCCCACUGCCACCAUGCAAGAAUUUGAGGAUGUUUUCUCAGAGGAGUUUGUGGCUCAAGCUCAGGCCAAGUUGGACAAAGCCAUGCAGAUACUGUCAAAGGAAGACCCUGAACUGUGGCAGCAGUUGAAGGGCUUCAGCGACGCUGCGUCUGCUAGUCUUGGUUGUACUGAGGGGGAGGAGAGAGGGAGGGAGGCGGAGAGUGGGAGGGAUGGGGGAGAGGAAGGAGGGAGGAGAGAGUAUUGA